CUUCCCGGAGCUCCCGCCGCUCCGCCCGCCCAUGCCCCGGCCGCUGCCCCCGCCGGGGAGCCCUGGGGGGGCCCUGCCUCCAGCAGUUAACACCUGUAAUUGCUGUUCCUGUGGUACAAGAGCUGGAAGUCAGGCAGUCACAACAGCACAGCUUUCCCUGCUACCCUGGAGGAGGGAAACGUGGCCUUUGAGGAGGGAAAAGGUUCUUAACAAGCUCUGAGGAGAACAGGUGCUGUAUUGCUGAACACCACAUAUAGUUCACCCACUCUUCCAGACCCCGUGCUCAAUGCUUUAACACCAGGAGGACCUUUCUGCUCUGCAAUGAAGAUGGAGGCAGUGGGAAAAGCUGAAGAACUUGCUGAUUCAGAAGUUCCACCAAAGGCUUCUGAAAAGCAAGAGACUGCUCCUGAUGAAGACGGACCUAUAGAGCUCGAGACACAAACUGAGAAGGACAGCAUGCCCACUCCAGCAGACUCUGCAGUGCUCUCUUCCAUGCCUUGCUUGCUGAUGGAGCUGAGGCGAGACUCCUCUGAGUCCCAGCUGGCAUCCACGGAGAGCGACAAGCCAACAGGCAGUCGAGUCUAUGAGAGUGACUCUUCUAAUCAGUGCAUGCUUUCCCCUUCUUCCAGUGGGCAUUUGGCUGACUCAGACACGUUGUCUUCCACAGAAGAGAAUGAGCCCUGUCAAGCCGAAGCUGUCGCAGAGGGAGACCCUUCUGCAGUGUCUGGGGCCGCAGCUGGGAGGAAAUCCAGGAGAUCCAGGUCCGAGAGCGAAACUUCAACCAUGGCUGCCAAGAAAAACCGACAGUCCAGUGAUAAGCAGAACGGUCGAGUUACCAAGGCAAAGGGUCACCGAAGCCAAAAGCACAAAGAGAGGAUCCGGCUCCUGAGGCAGAAGCGGGAGGCAGCUGCUCGCAAGAAGUACAACCUGCUGCAGGACAGCAGCACCAGCGACAGCGACCUGACCUGUGACUCCAGCACCAGCUCAUCCGAUGACGACGAAGAGGUUUCAGGGAGCAGCAAGACAAUCACCGCAGAGAUACCAGAUGGACCCCCCAUUGUGGCUCACUAUGAUAUAUCAGACACAAACUCGGACCCAGAAGUGGUAAAUGUGGACAAUCUCUUGGCGGCUGCAGUAGUUCAAGAGCACAAUAGUCAAGAGUCGGGAUCUGCCUGGAGAACCAGAGGGCUGCUGGAUGAAAUGAGUGCUGACACAGGUCGUUUGGAUCCAGGCUUCCUUGCAGGUGACAAAACCUCUUCUGGUAAUGCCCAGGCCAAUGAAGAAAUUAAUAUUGCCUCUUCUGAUAGCGAAGUAGAGAUUGUUGGAGUUCAGGAACAUGCCAGGUGUGUGCAUCCCAGGGGAGGUGUGAUCCAGAGCGUGUCCUCCUGGAAGCGCAGCUCUCAGUUCAUCAACGCCCAGCAAACACAGUCAUGGACAGCAGUGGCUCCCCAGCAGAACUGGUCCUCACCCCCAGAAGUCGUGGACCUCACCCUGGAUGAGGACACCAGGCGCAAAUUCCUGCUGUAAUCCCGUGUCACUGUGUCCCCGUCCCCUUCCCCUCUUCCCCUUUGUGGCACAGAAGUUCAUGAUUAAACCUUGAGUUUCAGAGCCCCCUCCCCACCCCGUUCUUGGCACUAUGGAAUUCAAACUCACGACGUCUUUUUCAUGUCCAUAAGAAUGUAGUACGAUUUCAGUAUGACUUAAAAGGGUUUUUUGCCUUCUCAAAGGGGGAUUCCUCUCAGAUUAACAGCACCGAAUUUAAAACACAUCUACAGUUUACUAACGUGUGCGUGUUAAUCUGAAGAAAUAACUGUGUGCAAAACUUACAUCCUCCCUCCCUUCCCCUCCUCCCGACUCCAGAACGUUUUUAACUUAUCAGUAAUAUUGAGUUUGUUAGUAGAAGUUAGUGUGUUGCUGUGUGAGCAUCAGUGAUUUUGAGAAAUGGUGUGUCCUCACUGAUUUCAGUGGAACUGGGGGUAUUCAACACUUCUGAAGUCUGGGCCAAGAGUGUUUAUACACAAGCUGAUUUGGUUGUUUUACCAGCAGGAGGGACUGUUUUUAAUGCAAAUGGCCCAUAACUUAUGCACUGAACAGCUUUUAAUUAAAGCAUUUUUAUUCUCA